AUGGCAGUAUUACCGCGAUCGUCAUACUACGACAAGCACUAUAAACAAUCUGCCGCCCUGAUCCGAGCCAGAAGACCUUAUCUCAUCAAGAAUGCGCUGACCGGUCUGGCCUUGUUUGGCUUCUGCGGCUUCGUCUAUUCAUUUACGAUCCGAGCGGUUUCUCAAGAUGAUUUUGAGGAUGUGAAAGUUCCAGAUGCUCCUGUACCAUCAACCAAACCAGGAGCCAGUACGAUAGCGGCUGCUGGGAAGUAA